CCAGAAUUGCAGGAAUGCAACACGUGUUGCAGGGGACUCUUUCACUGCCCUCUGUGCCCCACUUUCAGCCCUACUGUCAGGGCAAAGAUUGCGGAGCAUCUAAGUGUGCAUAUAAAAAAUGCUUUGCAUUUCAACGAUAAAAUGAUAUGCCGGUGCAGGCUGCCUUGUAGGACAACAGGACACUUUCACUGCCCUGUCUAUAAGAUUACAAUCAUACGGCGUGGGGAUAUGGCAAGGCAUUUAUUGUCUUGUCAGCAUUCUUCAAUGCCAAGUCAGCCACCAUUAUCAGGACUGCUCCCCGCUGAACUCUCCGAGGAGACCCGUAUUCCUCCGGCAGUACUCUUCGAGGAGCCAAGGUUUUGUCUUCGGUAUCUGAACCAUUUUCUGAAUCUUUGUUAGAACAUUCAUAUGCUCUACCCUCUGUGUUCAAUAAAAUUGCAGCUGAUGGAAAGUCCAUGAAAAUGACAUGCCCUCACUGUGGCCUUACUCUUCGUACAAAAAACUACAAGGCUCACAUGAUGAGGAAGCACUCCAACCAAUCAAUAGAUGUUUGCCUGGCCAGUCAUCUGCAGUGUGUUUGUGUAGAUGAAACUACAGGGUUAUUUGUUGUGCAGAGAACUGGCCAUGGGUUCUCUGUGCCAGUUCACAUUCAGAGGAAAACAUGGGGGGAUGUCUCACAAUAUCAGAUGUGAGCUGAAGGAAUGUCAGCAAUACCAGUUGCUGGCCCAGCAGAGCGGACUAGGCUUCAGUUUAUGUGAGCACCUUCACUCACUAGAUUACUGCCGAGAAACUGGAAAAGAAAAGGAGGUUUUUCUUCAAGAGCACAUCGUGAUGGAAAUGGUGGACCUUAAAUUUUUUGGAGAGGCCAAAGCUGCUACAUGCAUAAAGAGGCAGAAAGCUGCCCAGAUGGCACAUGCUCCACUUUGUGUGAGGGUGGAUUUUGGUGGAUCCUCAACACAGAUCUGUUUGUCUGUAUUUGAACCGGAAAUACACAGUUUCUGCCGUCUUGGCAGAAUAUUUGUGACUUACAAUGCUCUGAGGAACACCUGGCAUUGUGCUUGUGCAAAGCCACGAAUAUCAUGUCCUCAUAAAAACAUAGCUAAAUGGCAUCUCUUCCAGACACAGAGAGACAUCUUCAAAUCAACUGUACCACUAUCAUCAGGCACCCCAUCACAGAUGACUCAGGAGAGUUCUUCCUUUGAGGACAAUGCUGCCGUCGAAAGGAGUAUACGCUAUAUUUUUAAAGAGAAAAAAAUUCCUGGAUCUCUUCCAGAAAAUGUCAUCUCACAGAAAAUGGAUCAUCAGAAACAGCUCUUUCCAUGUGAAACGUUGUGCCAGGUGUGCCCAGAGCACCCUAAACUUGAUGAGGCUAUUGUAAUUACCAAUAAAGCGAGGAUUGUCAGCAUGAUGGGAGUGAUUGAGAAUGUUUCAACACACCAUAGAUCGUGUCCUCAGUGCCACAUGGUCUACAGAUACCAGGAGUGGACAGAUGGGCUUCACAACUUUGACAACCACGUUGUUUUGUCUCUUGAACUCUGCCAUUUUUGAGAGAAAAUCUGCAGAACCAUGUAUCCGCUUCAAGGGUCAUUGACUUAUUGGAGGGCUUAAGAAGAGUGAAGUUUCCUUCUAGGGAUACCAUUUUUCAUGCUUAUUGCCAUUUUGAGGCUUUGACUGACGCAGAAUGUACUCCUGCAUAAACUGUGGGUUUCACCCCCCUGUGGUAGUUAUGGAUUUACACAGAAAAGGGGUGUUCAAGUUAGCAGUGAGUGACCUCAAAGCCCCGGAAGACUUCAAUGGUGAACAUGACAUUGAAGGUUUUUGGAACUCUAUUCACCUGGAAAUGAUAAGCCGUGGGUUUUUUCCAAGCGGCGUGUAGAAUCCAUUUUCAGUUCCACCAAGUUACACGCACUGGGCACCAUGGAUUGGGAGUGAAACUCGAACAAGUGGCAUUGUGCUUAACACAGAGUUUCAAAAAGUAGGAACAAGCUCUUCACAUGAAGCAAAGCUUAGCAGUGUCACAGAAGACCGUCUGUUGGAUGAACUUGCCAAACAAAAGGUUGGAGUGGUGAGAAAAUUGUGUAAAGCAUGCAACAUCGACUCCAAAGGCUCCCGCUUUGAUAUCAUCACCAGACUGAGGGAGAAGAUGAAGAGCAGGCAGACAUAUGAUAAGCUCUUUCAAAGCAUAUGAGGUGCCUCUGGAGGAUGGUCUGUAAUACUAUGUCCACAUGGCAUUGUAUACAGUGUUAAAUUUAAUCUUCAUGCUGAAAGUCCCCGGGAUUUUGCUGACCUUCUCCUGUCCUGGAAGCACAUGCCAAACGUCUGUGUUUACGAUUUUGCG